CAAUACUGCUGUUGCAUAUGUUAAAACACAAGGCAAAGCGUCAAACGAUGGUGCUAAAACUGAACUCUCACGUUGUUCCUUGUGAGUAGGUAGCUUGAUUUCAGCACUGUGAAAUACUGGCUCGUAUUAUGUUAUGAAAUGAGACAGUAAUAAUCAUACAGGAAUGGUGAUAUAAUUGUAGACAUAGAGUGAAGAUGGAACUGGCGAUUGUUCUUGGUGCUGUUAUCGUCAUCAUUGUUGGAUACAUUUGGUGGAUCCGGCGUCAUGACCGGAAGUUGCCGCCUUGUCCGGUCAGACCACUGCCUGUAGUUGGUCAUCUGUUGUCUCUGGACAAAGACCCCAGGGAACAGUACAAGAGAUGGAGGCAGCAGUGUGGGGAUAUCUUUAGCUUGUACUUAGGUAGCAACUUGAUGGUCGUCCUGAACGGAUAUGACCUCAUUGCUGACACCUUGGUGAGAAGAGGCGACUUAUCCUCAGACAGGCCUAGAAUGUUUAUUGAUGAGGCCUCUGGGCUAGUAGGCAAGGGCGCGGCUUUCAGUUCUGGUGAAGUAUGGAGAGAACAGCGAGCCAUCACAAUGCGACUUCUCAAGCAAUUCGGCAUGGGCAAGAACAUCCUGGCCGAGAAGAUUCAAGCAGAGAUCGAAUGUUAUUUGAAGACGUUGUCAAACUUGAAAGGGGAAGCCACGGACAUAAGAAGCGUCACCUACGCAAGUGUUUCCAAUAUCAUCUGCUCUAUCGUCAUUGGUGAGAGGUUCGAGUACAGCGAUCCCAAGUUUCAGAACCUGCUUCAAGACGUCGCCACGAUUAUGAAAAACUUACAAAUGAAUUCUUUUCUUAACUUUUUCCCGUUUUUACGUUUUGUCCCAGGUGAUCCGUUUAAAGGUGCCGAAACAGUGAAAGCCAUUUCCCAGGUGUGUGGGUUCGCUAAAGACUACGUGGACCGCUACAGCUGUGAAAGUGAUUCGAGUUACGAACACGAAAACUUCAUAGCGGCCUACAAGGCAGAGAAAGUCCGGAAACAAAUUCACGGGGAGACAACCACGAUGGAUGACGCUAACUUAAUUAAAAUCGUUUACGAGCUCUUCAUCGCCGGGAGUGAGACAACGUCUCUGAUAAUCACGUGGUGUAUUUUAUACAUGGUAAACCACAUCAAGGCUCAAAGGAAAGCAUACCAGGAAAUCUCUGAUCUAAUCGGCACUGAACGAGCCCCUAACCUCAACGACAAGGUACAGCUCCCUUAUCUAGGGGCGGUCAUCCAGGAAACGAUGAGACUCGCGAACAUUCUCCCCCACUCACUCUCUCACGCCGUGAACUCAGACGUUGAGAUUUACGGCUACACGAUCCCCAAAGGCACGUGCAUCAGCCCCAACCUGGACUCCAUCAUGCAUGACGAGUCCCUGUGGGGCGAUGACGUCAUGUCCUUCCGGCCUGAACGUUUCCUGGACGAUACCGGAAAGCUGAAGAACAUUCCGGAGUGUGUUCCGUAUUCCGUCGGCCGUCGUCUGUGCCUCGGGGAAUCGCUGGCCAACAUGGAAAUUUUUAUCUAUCUGGCAAGUAUGUUCCAGAGAUUCGAGUUCCGACCAUCGGAUUCCGCACAUCCGCCGUCGAUGAAACACGUCUUUGGUUUUACCGUAGCGCCACAGCCGUACAAAGUCAGGGUCAUCGAAAGAAAUGUUCGAGACACGUGAUUUGUGUGUGUUCGAGACACGUGAAUUUGAAGCUGAAUACGAGGAAGUUCAAAGAUUACUAGGAGGUAAGAAAACAAAUAUAACAUAAACCACGUUGUAUACAGCACUAGAAGGAAUGGUCAGCACAAGUUUGGCCAAUGAACACUGAGGGAUUAUUU